AUGUUCCGAUGGGCGUUCCGAGUGGUGGGGACGGGGGCGGCGGCAGCAGGGCUUGCCGUCUACUACACCUCGGAUGUGCAAAGCAUUCCCAUACCGUCGUCGUCGCUGUUGGCAAAGGACGGGUCCGGGAGCCGUGACGCGUACGAGGUGGUGUUGAGAACGCAGAGCGAGAGGCGCCAAGCCGCGUCGGGCGGGAGUGUGGGCGGCGGGGGAGCACGAGGCCACACGCUACUGGCUGCAGCGUCGCCGGAGAGCCUCGCGCCAGCAGAUUUGGUGCGGAUCUGGCUGUCGUCGGCGGCGAUGCUACCGGAGCGUGUGCUGCUGGAUCCGCUGUUGCCACACGCGCCGCGUCCGCCGAUGCCGACAGCGCCGCGGGCACCGGCGCUCCCGCGAUGGAGCGAGCUCGACUCGAUGGCCGGCAUCAAGGCCGCCGGAGGCGCGCUGGGCGUCGAGGCGGCGCGGUGGGUGUGCUGGCUCGGCAGGCUCGGCCUGUGGAUCCUCCCUCGACCGGCCGAGGCUAACACACGGCGGCAUCUGGAGGGCUUGCGCGGGCGGACCGGCGAAGUCGCGUUUGGCUUCCGCAUUGUCGCCGUUGCCCCGCACCAGGUGCUUCUCACACCGGCGGCCGCCUCGUGGGGCCCGCUCGAGUGGCCGGCCGGUAUGCGGACGUGGAUCGCGGUCGAGGGCGACCGGGUCCGCUUCGGCUCGUCGUCGGGCGGGCUUGCUGACGACGGCUCGUUCCUCGCAACCGUCGCCUUUGCCUUUCAUGACCUCUACUCGCGUUGCCAUCGAUAG